UCGUGGCUUUAAUAUUAUUAAUUCUUAUGGAAAUGUGUACAGUUUUGAUGCCUCAUGAAGCUCGAUACUAGUUCUAACUGAUAUGUGGUUUAAAAAAAAUCAGCACAUGCUUCACCAUUUGUGAACAGUUACAAAAUAGUAUCAAUGUGACCGUACUAAACUCCAAGCACAUAAAUAAUAUAAAUUUAAUCAAAGUGUGGCAGCUUCAUUAGAUUAGAUCAAAAUGUGCUUCCAACAAAUAGUUAUUAAAAAUGUGAAAUUACACAUUGCAUCAGUUACUGUGUAGGUGACUCACUAAUGCAAAAAAAUUAAACUGAUUCGUCCUUUAAAAAAAUGUUUUUUAUACAAGAUCAACUCCACUGAAAGUGAAGCUCACAAUGAAAAUGUCAACUCAUUGUCAUCAUGUUACAGGGAAAAUGCUUAAAGGUUGAAAAUAGUUGCAAACUUUUGCAAUGGCUUACAUACAUAGCAUCACAUCAAAGGAAAUAAUGAUGAGUGAAAAUAACAAAGUACUUGGUCAUUGAUAAAGAUAGUACUCGAGCAUUGCAAAAGCGUCUGUAAUCUACUAGCAAAUAAAGUUGACAACGAUUGAAAAUUUUGCCUUCUGUUCAUGUUUUACCACUUACACUCAACGAUUAAUAUUACAGAUGUUUCUAAAAUAUUUAGAAGAUGAAGCAACCUACCUAAAGCUAUCAACCUCUUAGAGCUCCUGACCUUGUGUGUCGUGAUUAUUCAAUGAUGAAUGGCGGAUAUCUGCAUAACUUUGUCACAAACAACAAGGCAGGAGAUGUUGCCAAACUUGCUCUGCGAAUGAAAUAUGGCGUUGGCAGCUCAAAGCAUAAACCAGUGGAAUAUGAUAAGCUGCAAGAAAAGCUUAAUGCCAAGAGACUGGAGGUUGCUUUGACUGGUGAAAAGCUGGAGAAGGCGCGCUGUGAGGCCAAAGCUGCCAAAGAGAGCUCCAUUUUACGGGAGCAGAGACAGGUGUGGAGCGCCGAGUGCCCCAAGCUGCAAAAAGCUGAGGAGGCAGCUGAGAAAGAGGUCGAGGAAUUUCUCCAGCAAAUUAGACCGAGCAAAAUAAUAGACACGGCCGUCUUUUCACUGCCAGAAUAUGCGAUGCUCUUGGAGAAGGAGCGGGAGGAAUUUCGGAUAGCCACCGUGGACCCAAUCCACCAGCUCCGAGAUGACCUGCGUUUCCGCCUGAUUCAGGCACAGCGGCAGCAGCCGCCCAGUCAUCCAUCAAACUGGGAACAAGUGCAGCAACAGAUAUUCCUCAUCAAGGACCAGCAAGAUGAAAUAAUGGAGAAACUUUCAGAUGAAUGUGCAGCGCUACAGAAGGAGAUAGUUGCCUUUGAUGUCGAAGACUAUCUCCCGACAUCCGACAAAAAAAAGGAAAUAGUUCCGAAGGAAAUUUUAGACAGUGAUUGUCCAUUCCCAGAGCUGAAGAGCUCAGUGAUCCAGGCCUUCCACUCGCUGUGGGAGCAGCACCAGAGUAGACUGCAAAACUUGCAGGAGCAACUUGAAAAAAGUCACAGACUCUGCGGCUGGUGUGUAGACGACCAUCAGCGCUUUUUGUUCACGCUAUCGCUGUACAGCCAUGACAUCACCAACCACAGGGCGCUUCUAAUGGACAUGCUCCAGAGAAUCUUCCCGAGGAGAUCCAGACACGAGCUGCUGGAGCACGAACGAGUGUUGGACUCGCAGCGCUUCUGUCAGGUACAGGUGAAGGUGGAGACCCAGCAGUAUCAGCGGGACCACCAAGAGCUGCUGGCCAAAGCCCUGGUCACCCUCCAGGAGGCGGCGAACGCUCAUCAGGAGGAGCUGGAGCUCCACAGAGACCGUCAACACCAGCAGGACAUUUGCCUGCAGCUCAGAAAUAAGCUGCAACUGUGGCGGGCGCAGCAGGAGGAGGCAUCGAAGCUGGAGGCGACUAUUGCUGCCAGACGACGUGAGGAGCACGAGGCGAAGAUGAAGAAGGAGCAGGAGAGAGAGGCCGCCAUGAGGUCACAGCAGAAAGAGAGAGUACGUCAGUUUCAUUUCAAGCUGCAGAAGAACAGAGAGGAGGUGGAGAGGAGAGAUCAGGAGAGACUUGCUCAGCUGAGGAGUGUCAUGGCAGACCAGGCGAGGCAGGACCAGGAGAGGGUGCAGUUUCGGGCUCGCAUGUUGCAGAAACGGAAGGAGGAGAGAGAAGCUCGGGAGGCUGAGCUGCAGAGGGAGGAGGAGGAGAGGCAGAAUCGUCUGGAAGCGCUCAGAAACCAGGUUGCGGUGGUGGCGGAGGCCGACACAGACAGGAUGAUGGGAGACACCGAAGCUCGGAGGAUGCGGCAGAUGAAUGAAAAAGAGUUUGUACUUCAGAAGCCUCUGUUUGGUCUCAACACGUACACAGACAAGCAGUUUGUGUCAGAUCCGCGAGUGAAGGUGGCGCAGGCUCUCCGGGAGGCCGGGCUGCACCACAGCCAGUAUGCCAAGCAGGUGCUGUCGGAUAUUAAACCACCCAAACCGCCGCGCCGAGACACCAACUCCAUCAUCAAGUUUUGACCCUCGGAAUCAAUGGAACUUCACGAUAGAGGGUCAAUCCUUGGACCGUUGCUGUUUUUACUUAUGAACAAGCUCUUUACCUUAUAAACCACUGCUCUUUUGUUAAAAGCAUAAGAGAUUCUUUUUAUCAUUAUUAUUUGGCCCAGACGCUCAAAUUAAAUCACAAAAAUUAUUGAAAUGUUUUUCCAAAUGAGAAAAGAAUAACUGCAAGUUUUAACAUUGUGUAGAUUAAAUCAUAAACUACCCUCUGUAACCUUUUCCAUUAUGUAAGACACUAUUUCCACCUCCAGCAUAAAUCCAAGUCAUAAUAUAAUGUUUUAUUUGUUUUUAUUGCGUUGUCAUAAUAUGUGAGGUGCUUACUGUAUGCUGGACUUUCUUCAGAUGGGGACAUUGGCCAUGAGACCUAUUAAAAUCAUUUACAUAUAUUUUCAAAGGCUUAUGAAAUGGGCCCAUCCAGGGGGCGCUGUUUUCAUCACAAAGUGGAGAAUUCCAAAUGGGAGCCACC